AUGGCGGAUACUCAGGAAGGAAAGCCGUCGCGCUACCGCUCGCAACGAAAGGCAGCGACCGCCUCCGCACCUCCAACGACAGCAGAUGCCGGCAUAGGAAGAAGCAGGUCUCGCUACCACAAGACUCGCCCGAACGCUGCCCACACCCAGGACCAAUCUCUUACAGAGUCAAACACCGAAGCAAACAUAUUCCCGACAAGGACUCGCUCAACCCGCGGCACGAAUGAAGCACGCGAUACAGAAGCUGGGGCUGUUGACUCUGGAGAUGAUGGUUACGGCAGCAUGCGAUCGCAACACAAGAGCUUGGAGAGAACGAAAUCUCCCUUGAGAGAGGAUCCGAUGAAGUUCGCAAGAGCCCAGGCACCAACUCACAUUCGCGCCAAAGUCGAGGACUAUAUACCGGAUCAGGAAGAAGGCGAAGUCUCGGCCGAGGAAACAGCCGGCUGUUUUGGCAUGUUUGGAAGAAAGAAGAAGAAGGACACGGCUCGCAGUGCUGGAAAGAAGCCACUCAAUACUCGUCCAGCCGUCAACAAGAUGAGCGAGCCUCCAACUAUCAGACCGGGAGGCGGUGGUGUGGUGCCCAUGAAUGAUGCACCUGGAAUGGGACCGAACGGCAACAACCGACGCGUUCGUGUCGAGUGUAGUGGGGCGUCUAUCGAACUGCCCGUGUGCCCAACCACUUCUGCUUCGGACCUAAUAGCAUCGGCUGCCAACUGCUUGUCCCAAAACAUCGAUCUUAAAACAUCGAUACUUCUCGAGGACUAUCAAUCGAUUGGCAUAACAAGACCUUUCAGGCGAUACGAGUAUGUCGCAGAUGUUAUGAACUCUUGGGAUGAAGAUCGCGUCAAUUCGUUACAGGUUGUUCCUGCGCGUGCUGUGAUGAGUGAUCCCAGCGCAUUGAGUGCUGCUAAUGUUCCUCGUGAGAAGCCGAGGGAGGCUUCUUUCUUGAUGCAUCAUUCUCAGAAACCGGGAACCUGGAACAAGCGUCUCAUUACAAUCCGUCAAGAUGGUCAACUCCUCGCCGCGAAGCCUAAUAAAGUGACCGAAACGUCGAAUAUUGGCCAUCUCACCGAUUUCGACAUUUACAAUCCUACAGCAAGAUAUCUAUCCAAGGUACUGAAGCCGCCCAAGAAGAUAUGCUACGCCGUCAAGAGCCAACAGAAGCCAUCGCUGUUCCUCAAGGACUCAAAAUCAGUUUACGUUCAUUUCUUCUCCACCUCGGAUCAAGUACUCGCCGCCAGCUUCUACGAAGCUGUCCAAGGCUGGCGAAGUUGGUACCUGCACAAUGUCUUAGAGGAAGGCAAAAAGAAGAAAGCCACGGACCUGGGCCGAACGCCUAGUAAAGCGACGAGACCACCGAAGCAGUCAUCGCAUAUCCAACAGCCUUCGACUGGAUCAAUGGAUGCCCACUAUCAACUAGGUAGCUACAAGCCCCUCAUGGAAAAUGACAAGUUGGAAAGACCUACCUCGUCCAGAGGUCAAGACAAUACUUUCGGAGCUCCUGCUAGGAAGCCAUCAGUGCGUGAGCGCUCAAGUCAUCCUUCUGUGCUGUCCAAGAAGCAACUGUUAUCGGAUGACGAGCCUCUUGUCAAUAUGGCGGGUGCCAGAAGAACUUCGUUCGAUGCUGACGCUGCAGAGUUCGCUGGCGAUGGUCUGCUAGGUAGGAGCUAUUCGACCCGACAGAAGGUUGUUGCAGAUAGAGAGGCUGCUGCCAAGAACCCUUGGGUCACAGGUCCUUCUUUGCUCAGUGGUGAUCAAGCGGAAGGACUGAACCGCCAGGCAUCCGUAAAGCGUACAGGGUCAACCCGUCGUACUAAUGGCACUGGCACCGAACUCAAGCACCGUCCGUCAACUCGCGAACGUCUCAUCGCAGCUGACGACGGACUAAAGCGAUCUGGUUCAGGCCGCACGAAGGCUCCAUCUAAGCCGCUGGUUGACCUCACCCCAGCUUAUCAACCACCACCGCAACAUUCCAAGAAAGGAAAAGGGUUUCACCCCGAUCAAGUCGGUUCCGGUGGACUGAUCGACAAUGCUACAAGCCCUGAACAAGCAUACAAUAUUCCGCCGGCUCACGAUUGGCGUGGUGGUCGAGCUAAUGGCUCCGCUGCGGCUAAUGCAGGCGUCAGUCGACAGCGCUCGCUGGCACACAGACCUGGCUUAGAAACCACCGACGAUGCAUUCACUGGCACAGGCUUGCUAAACAGCACUCAUGGUGGCUACACAGGUAAAGCUUCGGUGGGUAGAGGAGUUAUGAGCGGUAACAGAAAUGCGCGCGAGCCCAUGCUCGAUGUCUCCGAGGAAACGAACUACGUCCGAGGUAGUCUCCUUAACAAGGUGGCUCGAACUGAACGCGAGGAGGGCAGAGGUGGGCCUAUCAUCGACCGCAGCAAAUGA